AUGAACACGAUCCUCUUGGACCUUCUCUACUCACCAACCGCAACACCGCCUAUCACUUCUCUGCUGGCCCCAGGGAACUUACCUCCAGCCAAAAUACUUAAGCACAACCGCCUCCGACCUUCGAUCCAAUUCCUGGCUAAGGCACUGAGAUGCUCAGAGCACCUUCGGAGCGGCCGCCGCAAACUGAGGCUGCGCCAACAGGAGCGCCAGAGAGCCCCGGAGACGCUGCCCUUUGCCCACAAUGUCCCUCUUGGAGGCUGUCCCCCUGCUCGCCCCCGGGGCCCCUGCCCGACCCCUGGCGGCACCCGGAGACGCGAAGUCCGCUCAGGGCUGGGCCCGGCCCGGCCACUUCCCUCCGCCCGACCCCUGCCCUCACCGGCGCGCCACAGGGCGGCCGAGGCCCACCCCGGCUCGUGCCCCGCCCCUCCGCGACCCCUGGGCCAACCCCUCAAGAGCCGCCGGCGGAAGCCGGCCGGGCUGCGGCGACAAGCGAAGACACGAAAGCCGCAGCAGCCAUCUUGGCACAUCCGGCUCCGGCCGCCGCGCCGCCGACGUGUCCGACCGCGACGUCAGUGCGCGCCACGCCUGCCGACCACGCCCACCAGCCCCGCCCACCGCAGCUGCUCCCGUGACGCGGCGCCCGGCACGUUAGCCCGGCCUCCCUCCGGCGUUUCGUCCUUCGCCGGCCAUCUAUUCGUCCGCCCCGGUGUGAGAAGAGUAAGGGUUCUUCAGUCAUACCCAAGUGAAGAACCAGUCCUGAACGACCGAGGCCAGCAGGAGCACCCACCGAGAACGGCUACUCGGCAGCGCCGAGAACCCGAGCGGCGCCCUGGCGCAGGCGCGACCCUCCCAUUUGGCCGUUGGACUUCCUCCAAGGCGAGACGGGCGGAAGACGGCUGCGCAUGCGCCGGCCUCCGCGGCGGGCUACGCGUGCGCACCUCGCGGCGGCUCGCCGGUUGCCUGGUUACGGCCACUCGCGGCUCGGGGUUCCAGUUCUGCCCGCGAAGUUCGUUUCCGUCCGCGCCCGGCGCUCGGAAAGCUGUGCCCGUCUGCCCCGCGCGGAGCCCCGGGAGGGUCCGCAGGCGCCCUUCGAGGCCCCCUGCCUGCUCGGCCCCCUGCUUGCUCGGCCCCCGGCUGCAGCCACGCCGCCCCGCGGCUCGCGCCGUCCGCUCCUGCUCCUCUUCCUGCCCCGCCCUGCCCCCAUGGAGGCCUGGCUCCCUCGGCGCCCGGUCUGGUCCCCGACACCGCGUGGACGGAGACCAGGACUCCGUUCUGUGUUCCGCAGCCGUUGAGCGGGCGUUUGCGUUGGAGCGCCUCCCCCAGGCAGCGAGUGUCAGGCCGGGCUGCCCUGCUAGUCCCCUGCUCCGCCCCGAGGAUGGCACCAUCAGAGCCCUCCCACGGUGGAUCUUAGGGACGAGGGGGUGCUGCCGUUUGUGUCCUCAUUUUCCCAAAAUGGAGAUCCUAACCUAUGUCAACACAGAGAAUAGGUGCUGGGACUCCCUGGAUCCACCCCACUGCCCCUGACCCACUUCCUGCAGUCACUUUGUCCCAACAAACCACAGAGACAUGGCACUGUCACCGCCCCCCCCACCCCCCCGCCGUGGGCACGCAUAGCCAAAGGUGCUGGGGUCCGUCCCCUCCCCCUCCUGCUAAGCCUCUUGAGUGGAGGCCUUCCGGUUCUUGGCCAUGUGGGGCCCGGUGUGGAGGAGAGGGCUCUGGGCCCACCAUCGGUCGUGAAGGCUGGGGCUCUGAGUCACAGGCCCUCGGCCUCAAGGCCCAGCCUGCUACCUGAUGCUGUGUGCCUUCUGUCAGCUUCCUUGACCUCCCUGACCAUCACGUCCUCGGCAACCUGGAGUCCAGGCGGGGGAGCACCUAGACAACUUGGGGGCCAAAAGGAGAUGCUGUUGAUGCUUAAACCAGAGCA